UGGGUUCUCGUGGUUGCAGGAGACACCUGCAAUAUUAUCGUGGAGAAGACUCCCGGGCUCACACUUGAGCAAUUCCUUGCCUGGAACACAGGGGCCGGGAGUGAUUGCACCACACUCUGGGCCGAUAGCUAUGUACCUCCCCUUCUCCUCUCAGAUGCUUAGAAUUCACAACUCACAGACUUAAAACCAGGCCUGCAUUGGUGUAAGCUCAAGCGAGGCUCCUAAGACUACCCCUCCUAGCACCCCUCCUACCGCCCCCCCUUCCAGCCCUCCCACCAGUCCGCCUACCACCCCCCAUUCUAGCCCUCCCACCAGCUCGCCUACAAAGCCCCAUACUACCCCAGUGCCUACCGGAGGGGUCUCCAAGCCAUCCCCGGUUCAAGAUGGACAGCCCGGCGACUGCAAUGGUAGACUCCGUGGCUUGCUUUAAACACCUAGCGCUAACAAUGAAAAAACAGGUUGGUACCUAGCCAAAUAUGGUGACGACUGCAAUAGCAUUGCAUCCAUCUACAAACUCAGCCUCUCCGAAUUCGUCGCCCUGAACCCCUCUGUCGGGAGCCAAUGCGCGGGCCUGCGGUUAAACUACUACCUGUGUAUAUCCCGCUCGUGCCCCCCGACGCCAACUCCAACCACGAUGAAAACGUCGACGAUCCCAACUGCCCCUCAAGUCCCAGCCCCGACCCCAACACAGGCUGGUAUCUCACCUAACUGCAACAAGUGGUACUUUGUGGUCUCUGGCGAUACGUGUGCAGCCAUCGCCACAGCGAAUGGUAUCAAAUUGGCGGACUUUUACAGCUGGAACCCGAGCGUCGGAAGCACGUGUGGCAGCUUGUGGCUUGGAUAUUACGUCUGUGUUGGCGUCCCU